GCUCCACUUUUUCCAAUCCAAAAUGGCGGAAACCGGUGCAGGGUCACAAGUGCUAGGAGAGGAGGUUUCUUCGACUUAUAACCAGUCUCCGGAUCUCAGAAGCGUCCUGGUGACCAGCGUUCUGAAUUUAGAGAAGCUCGACAUCGACCUUUACCGAGGGAAGCAUCACUGGGUUCCUCGAACUCAACGCCUGUUUGGUGGUCAGAUUGUGGGUCAGGCUCUGGUGGCUGCUGCCAAAUCCGUCCACGAUGAUCUGUAUGCUCAUUCACUCCACUGUUACUUUGUUCGGGCAGGAGACCCCAAGGUUCCAGUGCUUUACCAGGUGGAACGGACUCGAGAUGGUCAAAGUUUUUGUGUGAGACUAGUGAAAGCCAUCCAGCAUGGUCAGCCCAUACUGAUAUGCCAGGCGUCCUUUCACAAGCUGCAGCCCAGUCCUUUAGAGCAUCAGUACACCAUGCCAAGUGUUCCCCCACCUGACGCCCUGCUCACCAUUGAGGAACUUAUCCAGCAGUACCUCAGUAACCCGAAUCUAGCUGAUAACACCAAGCAGGGGCUGAAUAAGAUCCUGGCUGAUGAAGUUCCCAUCGAGGUAAAGCCAGUGAAUCCAUCUGAUUUUUAUGGACGUCUUCCCAUGGAACCAAAGAAACUGUUCUGGGUACGAUCGAAAGGACAUAUAGGUGAGGCUGACAUGAAACUGCACUGCUGCGUUGCCGCAUACGUGUCUGACUACGCAUUCCUGGGCACCACAAUGCUGCCAUACCCCAAUUACAGAACUCAGUUCGUUGCCUCUCUCGAUCACACCAUGUGGUUCCAUAACAAAUUCCGAGCAGAUCAGUGGAUGCUGUAUGAAUGUGAAAGUCCAUGGGCAGGAGGAAGCAGAGGCUUGGUGCAAGGCCGCUUGUGGAGACAAGAUGGACUCCUGGCAGCUUCCUGUGCACAAGAAGGAGUCUUACGAGUGAAAGAUAUGACACGGAGUAACCUGUAGAUCAAUUUGUGUGCAGCAGUUGUAAUUCUUCAAGCUCUUUAAAUGCAUCUUUAGUACUUGGACUAAUGCACCCCUAGUAAAAAAAAGCCUUUCCCAACUGUUGGUUAGUAACCUAGUAACUAAGUGUAAGUAUCUAUCCAAUGACGGAAACUUUAAAGCACUUUUUGUAAGUCGCUCUGGAUAAGAGCGUCUGCCAAAUGCCUAAAUGUAAAUCUGUCCAGACUAAUCAUGUGCUUGCAGUGAUUAAUGGUAAUUAACAUAGAUUUGCACAACCACAAUGAGCUGUAAGGAUGGCUCACGAUGGACUGUUCGCAGGAUGCUGGCUGAAAACAUUAAGGCAUUGUGUGAUCAGUUUGUUGAAUGGAAAUGGGAGUGGUGUCUUUUGUGCCUGCGGCAUUGUUUUAGCAGUGACCUUUGACUGUCUAUCAAAAGAUUACGUGUCUGGUAAGACACGACCUGGAAUGAGCUGAUGAAGGUUUUAGUUUGUUUUAAUUUAUUUGUGUUCAAGUGUUAACUGAAUUUGUAAUUAAUUAGGUUUACUCUUGAGCAUUGUUGAUUAUUUUAGUCUAACUGCUCAGAAUACUAAAUAGUUGUUCCAUUUCCAGAUUCAUAUCACAAAUUUACAAGAUCGUGCUUGGUCUAACAUUCACAUUUCUAUAGUCACAGCUUACAAUUUCAAUAAUUAUCAAAAUGAGUCCGUUUUUCUGUGAGGAGACAGUUAACAUUUGUAGAAGGAGUCUUGAAUGUCAGAGCUUUGUUACACUAA